AUGGCAGAUUACAAAUGGGAAGUUGGAGUGUACUUUAGGUCAAAUGAUGACUUCAAGGAAGCUAUAACAUCAUAUGUUGUGCAAAGUGGGAGAAAUAUGAGGUUUACAAAGAAUGACAAAGUGAGGAUGAGGGUUAAAUGCAAGGAAGGGUGUCAAUGGGAAGCCUAUUGUGCUAAAUUGCCAAAUGAAGAAACAUGGCAAUUAAGGAAAUUGGUUGACAAGCAUGAGUGCAGUAGAGAGUAUAAUGUGAAAAUGUUGACCACUAAAUGGCUGAGCAAGAGAAUUCAAAAUUCUCUGAAAAACAAUCCAAGGAUGAAGAUUAAGGACAUUAAGGCAAAGGCUCAAAGGAAGUGGAAUGUGGGUGUUAACAAGACUAAGGCUAUAAGGGCAAGAUUUAAAGAUAGAGACAUGGUUGAUGGAUCUUUAUUAGGGGGUUAUACAAGGAUUUAUGAUUAUUGUUAUGAGUUGUUAAGAGCUAACCCAGGGUCUACUAUCAAGAUUAAUGUUGAUCCAGUCCCAGAAGGUAAUGAGGACCAAAAACCAUAUUUCAAAAGGUUGUAUGUUUUCUUUGCAGCAUGUAAGGAAAGCUUCAAGUUAUCUAGAUACAUCAUUGGUCUAGAUGGCUGUUUUUUAAAGGGGUUGUGUGGUGGGAAGAUUCUGGCUGCAAUAGGGAGGGAUCCAAAUGACCAGAUGCUCCCAGUUGCAUUUGCAGUUGUAGAAGGAGAGAACAGAGAUAGCUGGACCUGGUUUUUGCAGUUGUUGAUUGAUGACCUAGGUGUUCAAGAAGAGUGUUUGACAUACACAUUCAUCUCAGACCAACAAAAGGGUCUACUACCAGCAAUGGAUGAGCUUUUUCCAGCUGUUGAACAAAGAUUCUGUGUGAGGCACCUUUAUAAUAACUUUAGGAAGAAGUAUCCUGGUAAAAUGUUGAAAGAUGCUAUCUGGAAGGCUGCAAGGUCAACAUAUGUACAAGCUUGGGAGAGAGAAAUGAGGUUUAUGAGACUUAUUAGUGAUGAGGCAUAUUUACAUAUGAUGAAGACAUCUCCAAUAUUCUGGAGUAAAUCACACUUUAAGGUAACUAACAAAUGUGAUACUCUACUCAAUAACAUGUCUGAGGCAUUCAAUAGUGUGAUCCUUGAUUCAAGGAUGUCUGAUGAACAUAUUUUUGAAGUUAAGCAUGUGCAAGAUCCAACUGACAUGUUCACUGUGAACUUGAAAGACCACAUAUGUUCAUGUAGGAAGUGGGAGUUGUCUGGUUUGCCAUGUGUUCAUGCAUUAUCUUGUAUGAAGAGUAGGAACUUUAAAUUUGAAGAUUUCAUUCCAGAGUAUUAUAGGAAGAGUAGGCACAUUGCAGUCUACAAACCAGUUAUAUAUCCUGUGAAUGGUUCAAACUUAUGGGUAAGGACACAAUACCCAGAUGUGCAUCCUCCAAAGUACAGAAAGAUGCCUGGAAGACCAAAGAAGAAGAGGAAUCUUGACAAGGAGAACUUGAUGGGACUGCCAAAAAAAUUAGGAGGACAGACUCCUCGAGGACCUGCACAGCCAAGUACUCAACAAUCAUCACAACUAACUACUUCACAACCAGCUACUCAACAAGUUACUUCACAGCCAGCUACUCAACAAAGUCAAGCUACUUCACAUGCUGCACAACAGAGUCAACCAGCUUCUCAGACAUCCAGAACAAGACAAGGGCCUGCAAAUAAGGCAACAACAAGCAAGGCAAAAAAGCUGGGUGUGAGAAGGCCACACACUCCUUGGGUACCACCAGGACCAACCACUAGAUUAGGUGCAUCAAAAAUUGGGCCAACAACUAGGAGGACAACACCAACAAAGAGAGCCUCAUCCAAGAAGAAUGUCUAG